CUUGUUGAUACCACAUGUCAAGUCCUCUCUCUGUCUUUUGCUCGGAGUUUGGUUACAACCUGUUGCUCUUGAGGAUUCCCUGUCGCCUGUCUCGGACCCGUCUGAAGCGUCUUUCUCUGUAUCCGUACAAUACCUACUUACUACCUACCCACUCCGCAUCUUCUUAAACCUUUUCCCUUCCUCCAACCAACAACAACCUAUCUACUUACCUUGCCUCCUGCCUUGCCCACUCCCACCCCGCCGAAGUCGUUGGCCACUUACCUUACAAUUGGAUCUCCACCCCCCUUGGUCUGAAGCCAUCGUCACCGCUUUUGAAGGAUAACGGAUACGGAUUUCUCUGGGACCCAUCGACUGGUUCUACGGCGUUCGCUCUCUUCCCCGGGCCCCGCUUACCAGAGCUUCCGACAACCGAGAAAAAGUUACCGGCAAGCCAAAACCCAGUCGCCCUCUCGGUGCCAACCGGAUUGAUCUGUCCAAGUACAACCACUACCUCAACAAAACACAACACAGCACCAAACGACGCACGCAAAGAACAAGAUUGCAUCCUCUCUUUCAAUAUGGUCUACGUGCGCCAGGACCGCCUUCCGGCGCUCAAGGAGUACAAGUACUCGAGCGUCGACCGCUCGCUGACGUCAAAGUACAUCCUCAAGCCCUUCUACACCAACGUCGUCAUCAAAAUCUUCCCCAUGAGCAUGGCGCCGAACCUCAUCACCCUGUCUGGCUUCAUGUUCGUCAUCGCCAACGUCCUGACGCUGCUGUGGUACAACCCGACGCUCGACCAAGACUGCCCCCCAUGGGUCUACUACUCAUGGGCUAUCGGCCUGUUCUUGUACCAGACGUUUGACGCGGUCGACGGUUCGCAGGCCCGAAGAACACACCAGUCCGGACCCCUCGGCGAGCUUUUCGACCACGGCGUCGAUGCGCUCAACACCUCGCUCGAGGUCCUCAUCUUUGCUGCGUCGCAGAACAUGGGACAGGGUUGGAUGACUGUCGGCGUCCUCUUUUCUUCACUCCUCACCUUCUACACCCAGACAUGGGACGAGUACCACACUAAGACGCUCACACUCGGCAUCAUCAACGGACCGGUCGAGGGCGUCCUUAUCCUCGUCGGCGUCUACGCGCUGACGGGCUACAUGGGUGGCGCCUCCUUCUGGCAGCAGUCGCUCCUCCGGACAUUUGGCGUCUCGGAGAAGCUGGGCAUCCCCGAGUCCCUGUACGAGCUUUCCUUCACGCAGUGGUACAUGGUCCAGGGCUCUUUCGUGCUCGUCCUCAACACGAUCGAGUCGGCGCGCAACGUCAUCAAGGCCCGCCGCGCGCGUGGUGACCGCUCCCGCGGCGCGUUGCUGGGCCUCCUGCCCUUCUUCGGCAUGUGGGUGCUCAUCGCGGCAUACCUGCUGCUGCAUCCGACCAUCCUGUACUCGCAUCUCGUGCCGUUCGUCAUGUUCGCCGGCGUCGUGAACGCGUACUCUGUCGGGCAGAUGAUCACGGCGCAUCUGGUGAAGCUCGAUUUCCCCUAUUGGAACGUCCUGGGCCUGCCGCUCGCAUUCGGGGUCGGUGAUGCGCUGGGCCCGAAGUUGCAGGAAUACUUCGGUUUCGGCUGGCCCAGCGCGCUGGGCGAUGGCGUCUAUCAGGUCGCCUUCAUGUUCCUCAUGCUCGGUCUGGCAGUUGGUGUUUAUGGCAGCUUCGUCGUGGAUGUCAUCGUUACCAUUUGCGACUACCUCGACAUCUGGUGCUUGACGAUCAAGCACCCAUGGGUCGAGGGUCGGGACGGCGAGGGCAGCGCCCAGGUCAACGGCAAGAAGUCUCAGUAAACGGAGGGGAAGCAACUCUUCUCUUGCCUUUGCUGUUGACUGGGGAGAUGCCAGUAGACCGUUUAGACACCGUUAGAAAUGGGGGGGGGGGGGGGGGGGGACGCCCGCCGUGAAGGGUUGAAUGAGGGUCGAGUAAAAGGUUCGAUCCAGCACGUCGCCGGCCCCUCCAUGAACGACUUCCGCGUAUUGAAACGAAUGAGAGCCACGGGCUAUCGGAGGAAAUGAGAGUAUGACCAAGCACAUGACGGGAUAAACGAUGGUUCUGGGACGACGGCGAUGGAGAAGGCGGUGGAAUCAGGGAGCAAAAGUAAUGAUGUGAUGGAAGUCUACGCGCGGUGUUUUCUUUUCUUUUCUUCUUCUUUCUCCACCUCCUAGUUGCUUUCUUGCUGUUUCUUGUUCAUCAAUCUGUAUCUCCUUCUCGGCACAGCAUAUGUCAGGAGUUCAGGCGCAUGUACCGGAUACGAGAGGUAGACUGUGACGUGACGGACACACGGCCGUCACCAGAGUAUGCCUGCUUUUACCUUUAACCUCCCUACGUACCUACCGAGCUGCUGUUUCUCUCUCACACACAUACUGGGGUAUUUCUGCCGUCACGAACGGCGGUGUCUGUCCCUUCGAGCAAAACCACUUAAAAUGAGAUACCACACUAAUUCCCCACGGCCCCGGCAUGGUUUUCGGUUUUCAUGCACCCCGUCCCCGUCCGCACUCGUCCUGACGUGUUGUACCUCCU